ACGGCAUAAGACGGGGGCGAAGGUUCGAGGCAGGGUCCACGCACACAGGUGAAAAUCUAAGGUGAGUUACGUCCUCAGCGGUCAGCGCCCUAAGACGCUGGCUACUCUGGGUUUUCCAGGCCGGCCCCUCUCCUCCUCCUCCAGACCCCAGCCCUCGGCCUAGGCCUCUCAGCGCGCCCAGGCUCCCUUCUCAGAUCCCUCACCCAUGAUGAACUGCCUGUCCUCCCUCGUCGACCGGCGGAGACUGGGCCCGGCCUCGGCAGCGACUCCUAAUCGAGGCUCGGCGCCGCCACCUCCCCUCGCCUGGGCCUGCGCUCCGGCUCCGGCUCGGCCUCGGGCUCUGGUUCCCAGUGGGUUUCCUUGGAAGCCUGGUCAGCCAGCAACUUCCACGUCGGACCUCCCGGCGGGGGCGGGAGCGAGGCCGCCGCGACUGCGCGCCGGGAACGGCGGCCUGAGCGUCCGCGCCGUCACUUUCGACGCAAGUCCCCGGUGCGCAGGGUGUAGAUACUGCGGAAGCCGCAAGGAAAAAAAAAAAAUUCAAGGACUCCAAGUCUCCCCUGCUUCUGUUUUCUUGGACAGGAAAGGCUUCCGAAAUAGGGAAGUUCGAAUUUUCAUUUUAAAUUCUGACACCAAGAAGUGGUGAAUCCGCCAACCGGGAAUGCGCGUCGGGCCUCGAUGCGGCAGCCUGACUGGAAGCGGGCGCGGCUUGCGGCGUCGCAGAAAUGACUUGUCCUGAAGCGCCCUGCGGGCGUUGACCCGAUUUUCCACUGGCUCCUUCCUCCGACUAGGAAAGAGGGCUACCUUAUAAUAAUAGGAAGAGCCCCGCGCCACCAAUGCGGAGCCGCCUAAACUGAGGCCGCCAAAGAGAUUUUUGGCGUCGCAGUGGCCUGCAGGGUCAGCGUUAGCGUCCCUCCCUCCUUUCUUCUACCUGUACCUUCUCCGAUGCUAGCUAAAGGCAGUCAUUACUCUAUAGAAAAGUUAACAGGGGACUAAGGAGAACAGCCACAAAGUGCAAUGUGUGAUCUUGAAUUGGAUCCUGGAAGAGGGGUCAAAAUUGCUAUAAAGGAUAUUCUGGGGGCAAUUGAUGAAAUUCAAAUAUAAACAAUAUGUUAGGCUCCGGACGCGCAGGCUCAGCAGCCAUGGCUCACGGGCCCAGCGGCUCUGCAACAUGUGGGAUCUUCCCGGAUCGGGACACGAACCCGUGUCCCUGCAUCGGCAGGCGGACUCUCAACCAAUGUGCCACGAGGGAAGCCCCCAGCUUCAUUUUUAAAGAAAUAAUCAACCAUACAAGUAAACCUUGGGAAUUCACACCAUGAACGCAAAAGAAAAAUAACCGAGCUCUUUGGUUUCUCAUUAAACAAAAUAAGGUGCCUUACUAAAUGUAUUUAAAACCAGGGUCCAUUUAUUUAUAUCUUGCAGAAUAAAACUUUGGAGACACCUGUUGGGGAAAAUGUUGGCUUAGAAAAUUGACUUUUUCCCAUUGAUUUCAAAUACAUAACAAGCUUGUACUACUAUGAGAAUCUGCCGGGUGCUAUGAAGUCUGCCGUCGGGACUAAGAACCCUAGUCCAAUGGAACCUAAUCUGCGGACAUAGCGCUCCAACGUGGUUGAGAGCGUGUGCAUGAAGUCAUUUGGGCCUAAAUCUGGACCCAGCCCAGCCCAUUUCUCACUAGCAAUUGCACCUUAGAAAAAAAAAUCAUGAAAUGUCUUUGAUCCUCGGUUUAGAUUCUUCAUCUGUGAAAUGGAGCUAAGGAGAAUUGUCAAUUUAUUAAUGAAGCAUGGCUUGUGUUGAACAAGACAAGCUGGGUCAAGCAUUUGAAGAUGCUUUUGAAGUACUGAGGCAACAUUCAACUGGUGAUCUUCAGUACUCCUCAGAUUACAGAAAUUACCUGGCUUUCAUCAACCACUGUUCUCAUGUCAGAGGAAAUUCCAACAGCUAUGGUGUGCUGCCCACAGAGGAACCGGUCUACAAUUGGAGAACAGUAAUAAACAGUGCUGCGGACCUCUAUUUUGAAGGAAAUAUUCAUCAGUCUCUGCAGAACAUCCCUGAAAACCAGCUGGUGCAACCUACUCUUCUCCAGCAAAAGGGAGGAAAAGGCAGGAAGAAGCUCCGACUGUUUGAAUACCUUCAUGAAUCCCUGUGUAAUCCCGAGAUGGCAUCUUGUAUUCAAUGGAUAGAUCAAACCAAAGGCAUCUUUCAGUUUGUAUCAAAAAACAAAGAAAAACUUGCCCAACUUUGGGGGAAAAGAAAAGGCAAUCGGAAGACCAUGACUUACCAGAAAAUGGCCAGAGCACUGAGGAAUUAUGGAAGGACUGGGGAAGUCAUCAAAAUCCGGAGAAAGUUAACUUACCAAUUCAGUGAGGCCAUUCUCCAAAGACUGUCUCCAUCUUAUUUCUUGGAAGAAGAGAUCUUCUACUCACAGUGUGUUCAACCUGAUCAAGGAUAUCUCAGUUUAAAUAACUGGAAUGCAAAUUAUAAUUAUACAUAUGCCACUUACCAUGAUCUAAGUCACCCUGAUUGCUAAAUAUACUCUUAUAUAUCAAAAUUUUCUAGCAUCAGAAAUCCCUACAAGUUUUAGGAUUUUUCUCUGAAGACAGAUACUGAAAAUCAAAACAAAAAACCCAAACUUCAUUAUUGCUAUCUUUUAUGAAGUAGCAUAUAAUCUAUACUAACUUGGUGAAAAAUUUUGCCAGUGAACAACUUUAAAUGAUCAAGUCCCAUUUGAAAAUAUAGACUAAAUGUCCUUCCUUUUACUAUUGUCUAUGUAAUACUUCCUUCUAGAUGGAUAAUGCUAGUGGAGAUGCUUUGACUUACAUAUUGAUUUAAACAUUAUUUUCCUGUCAUACACUCAGACAAAAAAAAAUCAUUCUAACUUGUAUCCAACAGGUUUAGCAACAAAACAAAAAAUGAUUGCCUGUGAUAGUGUUCCUGCUAAAUUACAUUCAUGGCUUUAAAAAUUUCAGUGACUAAAACUCGAACUACCAUAUGAUCCAGCAAUUCCACUCCUGGGUAUACAUCCAAAGAAAAUGAAAACAAUAAUUUGAAAAGAUAUAUGCAUCCCAGUGUUCACAGCUGCAUUUUUUUUGGCCACACUGCACAGCUUGUGGGAUCUCAGUUCCCCGACCAGGGAUUGAACCCAGGCCUCUGCAGUGAAAGCGCAGAACCCUAACCACUAGACUACCAGGGAACUCCCAUAGCAGCAUUAUUUAUAAUAGCCAAGAUAUGGAAGGCAACCUAAGUGUCCACCAACAGAUGAAUGGAUAAAGAAGACCUGGUAUAUAUAUACACAAUUGAGUACUACGCAGCCAUAAAAAAGAGUGAAAUUUUGUCAUUUGCAACAACAUGGAUGGACCUGGAGGGUAUUAUGCUUAGUGAAAUAAGUCAGGGAGAGAAAGACAAAUACUGUAUGUUAUCAUUUAUAUGUGGAAUCUAAAAAUUGAAACGAAUAUAACAAAAUAGAAACAGACUUAAAGAUAUAGAGAACAAAUUAGUUAUCAGUGGUGGGAAGGAAGGAGGGAGGGGGCAAGAUAGGGGUGGAGUUUUAAAAGGUACAGACUACUAUGUAUAAAAUAAAUAAGAUAACAAGGAUGUAAUAUACAGCACAGGGAAUAUAGCCAAUAUUUUAUAAUAGCUUUGAAUAGAGCAUAAUCUAGAAAAAUACUGAAUCACUAUGUAGUACACCUAAAACUAAUAUAAUAUUGUACAUCUGAAACUGAUAUUGUAAAUCAACUGUAUUUCUAUAAAAUAAAUACAUAAAAAUC